UUUCAGCUCAAAGACACGACAAAACCUGAAACAAGCUGAAGACCUACAAUGAAGAUUCUGAUACCGCUGCUGACCCUGAUAGUCAGAAGCAGUCAGCUGAGUCUGAGCGAUUGUGGGUCGGAGGCGAGGCGGCCGCUGAUUGAUGACAUCUCGGUGGAGUGUGGGACGUCGUCCAUCGGCCUGGCGGUGGAGAUCUGCCCGGUCAUCUACACCGGCUACAAUGAGACCCUCCUGAUCCUGAACCACAUGAUGGACCCGGUCUGCAGGGCGACGCUGGACGACUCGGUGAAUCCGCCCGUCGCUCGAUUUAACUUCCCCCUGAACACGACUCAUGCCUGCGGAAGCACCUUCAGGACCACCAGCGCCGCCGGGACAGGCAUCUUCUCCGACUUCUCCAACAUCCAGACGGUGAACAUCAGCGGCAUCAUCCGGUCCAUUGACAUGACCACCGGAACCAUCACCUACAACGCCGAGCUGAAGUACUACUACUCCUGCGCCUACCCGCUAGAGUACCUGAUCAACAACACCCAGAUCGACGUGUCGGCCUCCUCGGUGUCGGUGAAGGACAACAACGGGAGUUUCAUCAGCACCCUGAGCAUGCAGCUGUUCAGCGACUCCAACUACACCCAGCCCAUGGUCAUCCCGGAGCUGGGCAUCGAGCUGAGGACCGACGUGUUCGUGGAGGUGAAGGCGACCAACCUGACGGGUCAGUACCACGUCCUGCUGGACCGCUGCUACGCCUCCAUCUCCCCGCUGCCCACCAACUCCAGCUUCUUCAACCUGUUCGUGCCGUGCUCCAAGGACCGCUUCACCACCAUGAUCGAGAAUGGCAACAGCCAGACGGCCCGCUUCAAGUUCCCUGCGUUCCGCUUCAUCGAGCAGCAGAACGAGACCGUGUCCACCUACUUCCUGCACUGCAUCACCCGGCUGUGCGAGAAGAGCACCUGCAGCACCUUCAAGCAGUGCAACAACCGCAGGAAGAGAAACACCUUGGACACCUCUGCCGUCACCUACACCAUCACCUCGCCGGAGAUCAUCACCAAAGCCGAGAGCACCGACUCCAAGGAGAAGCCCGUCGCCGCGCAAGACAAGGACGACUCGGCCGUCGGGCUCGGCGUGGCCGUCGGCAUCCUCGCCUUCGCCUGCGUAGUUGCCCUUAGUGUCGCUGCCUUGUUUUACAAAAGGAUCAGGAACUAAGGAGGCGUCGCUUUGAGGUGUUCUGUACCUUCGUCUUUACUUUAUGACUUUUUGGGAGAGAUGCUGCUGCUUCGUCCCAAACUGCAUAUCAGUCCUGGAAAGAUAGUUGGGAGAGUGACGGCUCUUUAGACGAUUCGGUAGAUUUCUUAGUAAAUUCCCCCAAAAUGGACCAAGAGAAAAAAGCUAUGAGUGUUAAUGCAUGUCUGCACUUUAUAAGCUUUGAAAUAAUAAUAAUAAUAAUAAUAGUGAAAGAAAAAUGGUGACUUGUAGGGAAAAUAGCCAAACAAAUGUUCCGGUUUCUACAUGUGGAGUGUUGGGUGUGUUUUUGAAAGUGAAGUCAAAGUACCUUUCAAAGUAUUAUGUCUCUAAUUUAUUGAAUCACUUAAUAAAGUUAUGACACCAAACAGACUAAAUUGCCUGAUUCCUGAGUAUCUUUCUGUCUUCCUCUGACUGGUUGCUUCACCUUCUAAAGUCUACUAAGCACCUCCACAAAGCACCACAGCUUUUAUUAGCUGUUUUAGAUGAUUUACUGACAAAAAACUGUAGAACAAAAUCUGCUUGUAUGUUAGUCAUCACUGGUUUGUAUGCAUUUCCUUCACUGUAUCGAAUAAAAACUACAAAAACAA